GUUUUUUCUUCUGUUUGUUGAAUGAUAGUAUGGAGAAGCACAAAUGCAAGCUAUGUUCAAAGAAAUUCUUAAAUGGAAAAGCUUUAGGUGGUCAUAUGAGGUCUCAUUUAAUACCUCUACCACUCCCACCUAAGACUCCGCCGUUAAAUCAAGAUUCCGGCGGCCGGAGUGAGUCAACUUUAUCACUCUGUUCAUCGGAAAAUCAAGAAGAUAAGGUGGUGGAAGAGAAGGAUUUUAAUUACGGGUUGAGGGAAAAUCCGAAGAAAAGCUUUAGAAUGAUAGAUCCUGAGUUUUUGGAGGAUGGGUAUGUGGUACAAGACAUAGAGAGUGAGACUGAGUCGGAAAAAAACACAGAAAAUCGGAGAAGAUCUAAGAGAAAUCGAAGAAUGGUUGAAAAUGAUGAAAGAAUCGAAGAAGUGAAGGUGAAAAUUACUGAUUUCAGAUCGUUGAAUUUGUAUUCAGAUGAUGCAGACAUUGCUAUGUGUUUAAUGAUGCUUUCAAGAGAUUCAAAAUCGAAGUCAAAACAACACCAAUGUGGGAUUUGUUACAAAGUGUUCAAAACUUCUCAAGCUUUAGGUAGUCAUAAAACUAUUCACAAAAACAGAAACAACUAUGAUAAUGGUGAAGAGAAAGCGCGAAAAAUAUCUUCGAAGAGAAAACUAAAACUAGUUAGUCAUGUGGAUGAGAAAUUGCAUGAAUGUCCAUUUUGUGGGAAGUUUUUUCAGUCAGGUCAAGCAUUGGGUGGACAUAAAAGAUCACAUCUUGUUGUUAUGAAUUCAUCAACAAUAACAGGUUCUUGUUCAUCAACAAAUUCAGCUAAUUUACCAAGUAGGUUCAUAGAUCUUAACAUGCCAGCACCACUUGAAGUCAAUGAAUUUUGCCAACCAGAUUAAUUAUCUGCAGUGAAAUUUCAACAAGAAUUUGCAUGAGAGGUUAAAUAAUUGUCUUUUAGUCAUUUUUCUUUAAUGGGGUUUGCUUAUUUGUAUUAAAAGUUAUGAUCUUUAGUCCCAUUUUAGCUCCUCUUGUUUUGGGGUAGCUGUAACUUGUAACACACAUUGCUUUGAAACUUUCACAAGCAAUCUGAAAAAUUAGUUGCAGAUACAAACAACUGAUACAGUACUGUGGG